GCAUAGAAGGGCAUAUUAGUCAUAUACCCACUGCGCUCUAGCCGGUGUUGCUCUUAAAUAUCAUCAAUUUUCACUUGGACACCAAGAAAUAGAGGCAUAACAAUUUGCAGUUAACAGUAAGCAGUGCUCACCUUGCAAGAAGUCUGAUACUUGUGCAGAAGUAUGGGUCAAGCACUUGGUUGUAUUCUAGUGAAGGAGUCGACAGUUGUUGUGAAGGAACAUUUUGGGAAGUUUGAUGAGGUGCUUGAACCAGGGUGUCACUGCUUGCCUUGGUGUUUCGGAUACAAGGCAGCCGGUGUGCUAUCAAUGCGUGUGCAGCAACUCCAAGUUAAAUGUGAAACUAAGACUAAGGAUAAUGUGUUUGUCAAUGUGGUUGCAUCGAUUCAAUUCCGUGCCUUACCAGCGAAAGUAGGGGAUGCUUUCUACAAGCUCACUAACACCACUGCUCAGAUUCAGGCCUAUGUUUUCGAUGUUAUCAGGGCAAGUGUACCCAAAUUGGAGUUGGAUGCUGUGUUUGAACAGAAGAGUGACAUAGCAAAAGCUGUUGAAGAGGAGCUUGAAAAGGCAAUGUCUGCUUAUGGUUUUGAAAUCGUCGAGACUCUCAUUGUUGAUAUUGUGCCUGAUAAUCGUGUGAAGAAAGCAAUGAAUGAGAUCAAUGCAGCUGCAAGACAGAGGGUUGCAGCAAAGGAAAAGGCUGAAGCCGAGAAGAUACUACAGGUCAAGCGAGCUGAAGGAGAGGCAGAGUCCAAGUACUUGGCAGGGCUUGGGAUAGCUCGCCAGCGCCAGGCCAUUGUUGACGGGUUGAGGGACAGUGUUCUUGUCUUCUCUGAUAAUGUUCCUGGAACUUCUCCCAAGGAUGUCAUGGACAUGGUGCUGGUGACUCAAUACUUCGACACUAUGAAGGAGAUCGGAGCAUUGUCAAAGUCAACAUCUGUCUUCAUCCCACACGGGCCAGGUGCUGUCAAGGACGUUGCUUCCCAGAUUCGAGAAGGUCUCCUCCAAGCUGAUUCUGCUCACAAUUUGAAGGCAUAAAACAUCUGAAGAUAACUGCUUAGUUUUUACUUCUAGUUGUUGGUUGCUGAUCUUAGGUUUAUGUGCUUUGGUUUUCUCAGUGAUGGUACACAGUAGAUGCUGAUGGAUUGCUACAAUACUUGGAUAUUAUGUUCUUGGAUAAUAGAAUCUUGACUGGGUUUCAUGCUUUUA